GUCUAAUCUGACAGCCCCGCCCACUACGAGUCCUGUGGUUUUGCACCUGCCUCUGAGCACAAAACCUCCAGGAGCUCCUUUUACCUGCACUGCAGCGUUCAACGAGCCCCUUACUUACUGAAACCUCCGCCACGGCACAACAGAGGCGCGAGCAUCUACUGUGGACAGGUAUGCAACAUGCGGGCUGUCUGACCAGCAACUGCAGCCCACCUCCAACUGAUGAAGAAGGCGCACCUUUAAAAAAACAACCCAACAACAACCCGGAGAAGUCUGUGCAGCCAGUAGCUGAGAUUUUCUGAGUGUUUGAUGUCAGGGGAAACGAACCCGAGGCUGUGACUGCCACACGGGGACAUGUGCUAAGUAACACAGGAGGAGAAGGGACGUAAACAUGCAAUAAGUGGCAGCCAGGUAGCCUACUACGCAAGAGCGCUCCCUCCGGACCUCCUCUCUGAACUUUACCCGCUGAGCUCGGACGCGAUGGCUGCUGUUGGUGGUGGUGCUGCCACUCUGGGAGAAGUUGGAGGCGUCUGGCACGGCAUCGACGGUGUCGCACAAGUCGGCUCUCAUUUCUUCCUCACGGAGAGCCAGACGCGGCUGGAAGAGCACCUCGUACCUGGGGACAGAUUCUCGGAUUUAACGCACCUCAAAGGAAUUCUCAGGAGGAGGCAGUUGUACUGCAGAACUGGAUUUCAUCUGGAAAUACUUCCGGAUGGCACAGUGCAAGGCACGAGGAAGGACCACAGCCGUUUUGGUAUUUUGGAAUUCAUAAGCCUGGCUGUUGGAUUGAUAAGCAUUAAAGGGGUGGACAGUGGACUCUAUCUGGGGAUGAACAACAAAGGAGAGCUGUAUGGCUCUAAGGAGCUCACGGCUGAUUGUGUCUUCAGGGAGCAGUUUGAGGAGAACUGGUACAACACGUAUUCAUCCAACCGCUACAAGCACGGAGACAAAGGGACGCGUUACUUUGUGGCAUUAAAUAAAGAUGGGACACCAAGGGAUGGGACUAAAUCCAGGCGGCACCAGAAAUUUACACACUUCUUGCCCAGGCCUGUGGACCCUGAGCGCGUGCCAGAGCUGUACAGGGAUAUCCUGGGACACAGCUGAGAGCUGGAGGCCUGGUCCAGAUCAGGAAUAGAUGCUUAAAAAGCCUUGGCAGGCAGUCCUGGGAGCAGAAAGGAAGAAGGAGGGACGCAGGCGGGGAUGUGACCGGUCGCAGGCUGGUGAACAGCAGCCCGACCAGCGGGGAUAAAGGCAUCGGAGAAGGGGGUGGGGGGCCUCUUGUAGGAAUGCACGGGCCAUCAUCUCUCAGCAGCCAGGAGGACAGGCUAGAAUGUCUGCACGCUCUGCAUGAGGGCGUCAUUUGUUUCCACAAAAGUACCUGCGUGGAUUAGGAGACAAAUAAGAAGCAGGGCUGAACGGUUGUGGAGUAUCUCCUCGUUUGGACAGAGAUGCCAGCUGGUGUGGAGUCUGUGGGAAUCUGUGACAUUACAAGAUGGUACUACAGUGUCACUCAGAGAGACGUAGCUUGAUCAGAAGGACUUUGAAGGAAUACAGCUUUUUCUUUAAUCUCACCUGUCUUUAGACCUGUUUAAAAAAACAAAGUGUAAAAGCUUAUUUAUUCAUUUUAGAUACACAUAUUUAUGUUAUAUAUUUAUUUAUUUGAGAAUAUAUUUUUACAGCUAGAAUUGUAACGAUAAUAUAGAAAACAAAAGCCCACUAGAAACUGUACUAUAGAAAAACUGACACACUGAACUGAACUGUCGUUUAUUCAGCUAGUACUAAUGAUUAAAAAAUUAUGAAAAACAAUAGCAAAUUCUUUGAAAAGAUUCCCACAUCUGGCAUGCAUUUUAUCAUAAUGUGAUUACUGUGAAUUUUUUUUUUUUUUUUGACACUGCAACUGACACGGGGGUAUUUAAAAAAAAAAAAAAAAAAAAAAAAGGUGUGCUUUACUGGUUAACUUUGCCUCUGAACAGUUUAAACCUGCUUAUGAGAUCAAUGUUGUCUUUCUUUAUGGAUGCCAUUACACCCGGAGACGAAUCAUAGACCUGAUGGAUGCAUAAAACUUCAAAGCUUCCCUCCCGAACGCUCCAAACGUAGAGGACAUGAUCGAAGCCAAAUAAAAUCUGACCUUUAGCUCGGGUCCUGCCACUUUAGCAGCUGCAUAAAAAGAAGAGGUCAGGGCGAUAAGGAUUAAGAAAGUCCUGCUCACCAUUUGAGAUUUGUAGCCUUGUUGUCAUGUCCUAUUAAAGAAUGUCCAGGUGGCCAAGACAUCUUUAAGAAAUUGUAGUCUUUCUUUCUCUCUUUUUUUUCUCAAUAUGUCUUUAUGUUCAAAAUAUUAAUUGCACAUGAACAUCAAAAUAAAACUACAUUGCAGUAUCUCUUAUCUGUACACAGUUUCCUCCAUGGUUGGGAUCAGAUCUGUGUUGAAGCAUGAAAGAUCAGUCUGUGAACUGAGCGUGUGUGAGUGUGUGAGCCAGUGGGGUUG